UCUCCGGAAGAAACCAAACAAAGAAGACUCGGGGGGGUAUGAGGGAGAGGAGUAGAGUGAGGAGAGCGCUGGCUCGGAUUUUAAGAAAGUCUGUCUUGUUUUCUGCAUCUGAUUAGGAUUCCUUGAGCGCCUGAGCUCAUUUAGGAUUUUAAUUUCUCCUUUGUAAGACCUGCUUCUUCCUCCCCCUCCUCCCUCCCAACCCUCCCGAUGCCAACUAUAAGUAAUGUUAUUUUUGGCUGAUGAUACAGGUUACGAUCCGGUUAUGUUACUGCAGAAAUAGUUUAUUUUAAUACAGGACCGGGGCUUAAAUGUAUUUAUCCUGCAGCAUACUAGAAAACUUUUGAUCAGAUUACACUUUCUUGGACUCCGCCAUGUCUUUAAUUCGAAGCUCGGGAUUACUUGGAAAAGGCUUUUCAGGCGUGCCAAAUUUUCCACGGCCGUCAUCGCUUUACAAUUGGGUCUCGUUGGGUUGUCCACAGUUGAUAAAUAGUGGGAAGUCGUUUACCAUCUGCACUAGUCUCUGGUUGUCCGCCAGACGGGCAGCUUCCUCCUCCAUGGCCGUGACCGUGAACUUGACUCCGGCGCCUCACAGCUUGUGGGACGAGCCGUUGGCGAUCUCUGUACAGGGUCUGGCCCCAACUCAACAGGUUACCCUGCGCGCUUCCCUCCGCGAUGAGAAAGGGGAGCUCUUCGAGGCCUCCGCCCACUACCAGGCGGACGCGGGUGGGCAGCUAGACCUGGAGACUGCGCCCGCCCUCGGGGGCAGCUACAGCGGCGUGGAGCCUAUGGGGCUCUUCUGGGCCCUGCAGCCCCAGAAGCCCUAUUGGCGGUUGGUGAAGCGCAACGUGGAGACGCCUUUCCGAGUGGACCUGGAGGUGUAUGAAGGUCACGACCCCCAGCCCACCAAGCUGCUGGCACAGGUGGCCCAUGAGCGGGGCUUCCUGGGGCCAGGGGUGAGAAGGAUCCCGGUGCGAGAGGGCAGCGUGAGGGCUACACUCUUCCUGCCUCCGGGCUCAGGACCCUUCCCUGGGAUCAUUGACCUGUCUGGAACUGGAGGUGGCCUAUUUGAAUAUAAAGCCAGCCUAUUGGCUGGACAUGGUUUUGCUGUGAUGGCUUUGGCAUAUUAUGGCUUUGAAGACCUCCCCAAAGACAUGACGGCUUUUCAUCUGGAAUAUUUUGAAGAAGCUGUCCAGUACCUGAAAAAACACUCUCAGGUAAAAGGUCCAGGAGUUGGGCUGCUUGGAUUUUCCAAAGGGGGUGAUCUGUGCCUCUCCAUGGCCUCCUUUCUGAAGGACAUCACAGCUACUGCCACCGUCAAUGGCUCUUUGGCUAAUGUAGGGGCUGCAUUACACUAUAAGGAUAUGACCAUGCCCCCAUUAGGCUUUGAUGUAAAACGUGUCAAGGUUGUUAGAAAUGGGAUUAUAAAUAUCAUGGAUGCUCUCAACAACCCUUUGGAGGAACCUGACCGUAAAAGCUUAAUUCCAGUAGAGAAGGCAGAUUGUUGCUUCUUGUUUCUUGUUGGUCAGGAUGACCACAACUGGAAGAGUGAAUUCUUUGCCAACGAAGCUGCCAAAAUAUUACAAGCCAAUGGGAAGAAAAAACCCAAGAUUAUCUGUUACCCAGCAACAGGACACUAUAUUGAGCCCCCAUAUUUCCCUGUGUGCCAGGUUUCCUUUCAUAAUUUGGUGGGCAGUCUUGUGGUCUUUGGAGGAGAAAUUAGGGCUCAUUCUAUAGCCCAAAUUGAUGCUUGGAAACAACUCCAAGCCUUCUUCCACAAACAUUUAGGAAAUGAUCAAGACACAAAUACCCCCAAAUUGUAACUCACAUUCAGAAUUUAAAAUGGUAUGUACUGAGGAGAUACCAACUAGAGAAAUUAUUUUUAUAAUAAUUAUUCUGAGUAACUAGAGUGGCAUUUUUUCUCACUAUUAAGAUAUAAUUGAAAGUAAUUAUAAUUUUAAGAGCUCUCAAAGAUUUUAUUUAAAAUAAUCACUUUACUAUAUCAGUUUUUCCUCAGCGAAUAAGAUAAUAUUUUUGUGAAAUAUAAGAACAGUGAGAGAGUACAUAGGAUAUAAGUUCUAUAAACCUAUAGAAUCAGCCAGGAAUCUCCUAACCCUAUAUAAGAUGCCUAUAAAUUUCUUAGAGAUAUCUCUCUGUGCCUCAAAAAAGUUAUCAGAUCUUAAAAAUAACAUAAUUCUAGGUAUAAGAUCUAGUACCAAACUUGAUGAGUCUGUUAUUAUAAAAGCCUUAUCUUUGUCUGUUUAUGGAAAUGGUCCAAGUAUGGCAUCUGAUCGUGUUAAGUGAUUGUGAUAUACAGAAAAGUAGAAAGAAAGGCAGAGCACGAAAAAGUUUGGCCAUUCCCUUAGGCUUGACAUGUGGACCACCAAAGACAAGCAAGGAAUUUGUACUCAUUUGAAUUAAAGAUGUAUCCUCACCACAUACCUUUUUUCCUCUGAAUGUCUUCCCAUCUUUUUUUUUUUUUUAUGACUAUCAGUCAGACCAUUUUGUUUCUAUCUCAAACCCUGAGGUACCAGACCAGUCUGGAUUAGUCCUGAUUACUAUAUGAGUUCAAAUGUGUGUGACAGUGAGCAAAUGGAUUCUUUCCCAGCCCUACUUGUGAGCCAAGAGAAGAUGGAAUUACAAAGUGGAAGAGGAACACUCUAUCAUUUCCUUUGCUUCCCAUGAUCACCUUGGUGUCUAAGUUGUUGUUCCCCUGCCUCCUACUUUCUUUGUUCCUUUCCUCAAAGGAACUUACUCCAUGCAGUCAUUUAUAUGACUUGAACCCAUUCUAUACUAAUAUAUAACAACCCACCUCUACAUCCCUAAGAUCUCUAAUUGUCUGUAAAAUUAAAAAUGGAUUUUAAUUCUAUUUUACUAAGACCUAAUCAAGCUAGAUUCAAUAUUCCCUCUCAUAGUUCCUUCCCCUCUUAAAUUUCACUCAUCACCCAUAUCCCUGGAGAAAUUUGUUUAAAGGUCAAACUACCUCUACCUUUGUAACUCUACCCAUUACCCACUUUAGAAAUUUAAUAAACCUAAAAGGUCAAAUCUCAUUAAUUUUAA